CAGUAUACAAUAAGCCCCCACCACCACCGUCACCACCACGGACCCUACAGCCGCAUGUAUUAUAAUUAAACAACACCAUCAAGUUGAGUGAUGAAUUAAUAUGGCAGUCCUGGCAAUUGCAUUGUGGCUGUUUGUUCUGUUAGCCUUGCUUUCGAGUUUGAGAUUAGUGUAUGUGAUAUGGUGGAGACCCAAGAUAAUAGAGAAGAAGUUGAGAAAUCAAGGCAUACAUGUCCUUCCAUGUAAGUUACCACAUGGAAAUGUGAAAGAGAUUAACGAGUUAGCCUCAGAGGCUAAGUCUAAGCCAUGCCCGGAACUCACUCAUGAUAUCGCUCCUCGCCUCGACCCUCUGCUUCAAGAACUAUCUAUGGCCUAUAAGAAGCCAUUUGCUGUUUGUUAUGGAAAGAUUCCUACUGUUAUAAUCAUGGAUCCAGAGCUGAUAAGAGAGAUAUUGACAAGGAAGUUCGAAUUUCAGAAGCCAGAAGUAGGUCCAACCAUGAAGCUUUUCUUGAAAGGUCUUGCAAAUAUUGAUGGAGAUAAAUGGGUAAAGCAUAGGAAGAUAAUCAAUCCUGCUUUCCACAUAGAGAAGUUGAAGGGGAUGUUGCCAUUUUUCAUGGCAUCCUGUGAGGAAAUGGUUGAGAAAUGGGACAAGCUGAUAGACUCAGCAGGCUCUUGUGAAUUAGAUGUUAUGCCAGAGUUUCAGAACUUAACAGGUGAUGUUAUAUCAAGAGCAGCUUUUGGUAGCAAUCUAGAAGAAGGCAGGUUGUUAUUCUCUCUUCAAAGGAAACAAGGAGAACUGCUUUUACGGUCACUUAUCAAUCUCAAUUCUCUAUGGUCACGGUUCUUGCCCUCAGAAUUAAACAAAAGAAUGAUGCAAAUACACCAAGAAAUUCAAUCUUUGCUCCUUGGCCUAAUAGAAAAUCGAGAGAAGGCUGUUCUGUCAGGAAAUGAAAACCAGAAUGACUUGCUCAAUUUAUUACUCAAGUCUAAUUUCAAUGAGGUUCAUCAGAAUAAAAAUAUUGGAAUGUCAAGAGAAGAUAUGAUAGAAGAAUGCAAGCUAUUCUACUUUGCUGGUCAUGAGACCACUGCGAAUUUGUUAACAUGGACUAUGAUUGUAUUGAGUAUGCAUCAAAAUUGGCAGGAAAGAGCUAGGCAAGAGGUUCUGCAACUCAUAGGAAAAAACAAACCAACUUUCAAUGACUUGAACCACUUGAAGACUGUGAAAAUGAUUCUGCUUGAGGUCCUGAGAUUAUACCCACCAACAUCCCUCGUUCGAUCUAUUUAUAAAGAGACUAAACUCGGAGAAUACUCUCUGCCAGCAGGAGUCAGCUUGAAGGUCCCACUGUACCUUGUCCAGAGGGAUCCUGAACUAUGGGGAGCAGACGCGACAGAGUUCAAUCCUGAAAGAUUUUCCAAUGGGAUUACGAAGGCAGCAAAGGAUUUCUUUGCUUUCGGUUGGGGGCCAAGAAUAUGCAUUGGACAGCACUUUGCUAUGCUUGAAGCUAAAUUAGCACUAGCUCUCAUUUUGCAACACUUCUCAUUUGAGCUUUCGUCUACUUACAGACAUGCUCCAAAUGUUGUCCUUACUCUUCAACCUCAGUUUGGCGGGCAAAUUAUCUUACGCAAAAUUUGAAGCAUUAGUAUUUGUUUCAUCAUUGUUAUUAUGCAGAAUUUGAUGUAUUACAUAUAUAGUUGCACAAUUUUCAUUGCCGGCAUCACAGUAGGAGCUAGGUUCAGGGAACACAUACACAUGUGCUUAGCUAUAUCAAAGCCUCGUAUAUAAAGCAAUACAGAUCUUUGUAAAAAGUGCACCCACAUACUUAGUCUAGCCGUUGGUGCAUAUAUUAACUUGGCCAAGGUCUUAAAUUCCAGCUGUUGUGUUCUCAAAAGAAAUUGAUGUAAUUUCUCUUAUAUGUGGAAUAUUUAAAAAAAAAAUAAUCAAUUGUCAAGAAAAAAAUCUGUAUUUUUAAUUAA